CAUCUGACAUUGGUCGUAGAUUGAUGUUCCCACGACUCUGGCUAAUCAUACGGCGUCGUUGUACUUCUAUUUUGUUUUCAGACCUGUCCAUUACUCUUCGAAUCUAUCUCUAUUACUUUUCAACAGUCUGUACCAAUAACCCAGGUGUAUACAUAUAUACAAGCGACCACAUAUCAGCACUGAGCCAUUCGGUUCUGUCGACAUAAUGGCCGAAAUCUCAACCCCGACCUACAGAAUCCGGUACGCCACGGAAUCCGACGUGCCCACCAUAUUGCAGCUCAUCAAUGAACUCGCAUCCUACGAGAAAGCACUGCAUGAGGUGCUCGCCACGGAACAGACGUUACGCGAGACGUUGUCUUUUCCGGACGCCAAAGCUCAGGGUGGAUUCAGUCAGGGAUAUGCUAAGACGUUGUUAAUUGAGCCCGUCACUGGCGCCUCAAGCGGCGAGACUGUGGUGGCAGGAAUGGCCCUAUACUUCCACAACUACAGCACCUGGCGCGCCGCUCCGGGUAUUUUCCUCGAAGACCUAUUCGUUCGGCCCGCCUACCGAGGCAAGGGGUUUGGUGGUGCACUGAUACAAGCACUCGCCAGGGAGUGUUUGCGUCUAGGCUGUAAGAGGCUUGAGUGGAGUGUGUUGAAGUGGAAUGAGCCUUCUAUCCAAUUCUACCAGGGGCCGAGUAUCAAUGCGACGAGGAUGGAGGAGUGGGUUGGGAUGAGGGUUGAUGGGGAACCGCUGGAGGAGUUGGCGAGACGGGGUCCAAAUGACAAGAAUGGCAGGGUAGUGGGAUGAGCACCACUCUGGAGGGUUACUGCAUAUCAAGCCACAGAGAAAAUGGCCCGCGGAAGACCAAACAAGAGAUAGACACAUGAACAGAAUGUGUAUGCAUUUAUGACCACUCCUGC